AUGCUGGGAUUUCCAGAGCAGCCCAUCUUCAGCACCAGAGCGCACGUCUUCCAGAUCGACCCCAGCACCAAGAAGAACUGGGUUCCCACCAGCAAACACGCCGUCACCGUGUCCUACUUCUACGACAGCACACGCACCGUGUACCGCAUCAUCAGCCUCGACGGGUCAAAGGCCAUCAUCAACAGCACCAUCACCCCCAACAUGAGCUUCACCAAAACCUCACACAAGUUCGGUCAGUGGGCAGACAGUCGGGCUAACACCGUCUACGGCCUGGGCUUCUCCUCCGAGGCCCAUCUGAGCAAAUUUGCUGACAAGUUUGCGGAGUUCAAAGAGGCGGCGCGGUUAGCCAAAGAGAGAUCUCAGGAGAAGAUGGAGUUAACCAGCACUCCCUCACAGGAAUCAGCGACGGGUGAACUUCAGUCUCCUGUGACUCCAGAGAGCAUCAACGGCACGGACGAGAGAGUGACCCCCGACGCCGCCUUCAACACCGAGAUCAACGCCGUACUGUUCCCUCACAGCUCUACGUCCAUCAGCAAACACUGGGAGGCUGAGCUGGCGACUCUGAAGGGGAACAAUGCUAAGCUAACGGCGGCGCUGCUGGAGUCCACGGCUAACGUAAAGCAGUGGAAGCAGCAGCUGGCGGCGUAUCAGGACGAGGCCGAGCGACUGCACAAACGGGUCACGGAGCUGGAGUGUGUGAGCGGACAAACCGCCGGUGUCAAAACACAGAAAACAGAGCUGAACCAGACCAUAGAAGAGCUGGAGGCCGAGCUGAAGGCCAGAGAGGAGGAACUGGAGAAUCUGAAACAGGAAGUGGAGGAAGCCAGCCAGCUGCAAACACAGAAAGAUUCGCUCGCUCAGAAACUACAGGAGACGGAGCUGAGGAGCGCGGAGCUGGAGUCGCAGCUGCUGGAUCUGGAGCAGCGUCUGGAGAACAGCCAGCUGGAGAGCGAGAGCUUCAGGAGGAGUCUGCGCUCGCUGCUGGAGCUGCUGGACGGAAAGAUCUUUGAGCUGAGCGAGCUACGAGACAGUCUGGCCAAGCUGAUGGAGAGCGACAGCAGCUAGAGACACGCACACGCUCAUGUUUCCAGACACUGAUCUCCCUCUCGACUCUCAUCCACCAUGCACAGACUGCGCUGCAGAAACAGAAACCUUGCUGUGCUUUCUGACUCUUGCGGUGCUUUCUAUAAAAACGUGGCGAGCUGAAGAUGCGAUCCGGCCGCUAGAUCGCGCGUGUAUCAUCUGCUGCUCUUCCACUGAAAUCUGAGCAAUACGAGAGAAACGGACACUAUCAGGGAUUUUUCGUCUGGAAGCGUCCUUCCUUUCCAAACACUUUUUAAACACAAACGGGAUUGAGGUGAAUCAUUUUGUUCUUGGGGUUUGUUGUUUCCGCUCUUCGUGAAGAGCAGCGGUUUUCUUCCUACUGUAUGAUUUCUGGUUAUUUAUUGUAAAAAAAAAAAAAAUGAUAUCUAUAUAUUCUAAUCACAGUGGCUGCAUUAAGUAGUUAUUUCAAGUAUGUUUGUUUGCAUUUUUCUUGUUUUUUAUCCUUUCCAAUGUGGAUAUGUGUUUUUUUUAAAUGUGAGAUAAACUGGCAAUAUUUUUGAACUAUUGAAGUAUUUAAAAGUGAAACAAUGUCAUCAGAUUUCAGCCGAGUGUUUCUCUUUGCCAAAGCUGUUGUACAGAUGAAGUUGAGUGAUCAUGUGCUUCUGAAGAUCUUCAAGGGCUCAGAUAGAUGUGCUAGUUUUUGACACACUGGACGGCUUUAUUAUUAUCAUGUUUGAUUUAUGAGCCGAUGUGACACUUUGAGGCUCAGAAACCUUUGAAUAAUAAUUGAGAAUAUUGAUUAUACCACACACUCAAACACAAUUGUAAUUCUGAGUUUAUAGUAAAAUUAAAGAGGAAA